CGUAGUGCUACAUCCACUUCCUCAUUGGCAGUGAUAGCGAAGUGUCCGCACACCCGCGACGCCUGUGACAGAAGUAACACACCGCGGGUUUCAUUUCUAUUUCAUCUCUGAGCCUCGCAAAUGUCGAAGCCACCCCCCAAGCCGGCCAAGCCAGGCCAAGUCAAGGUGUUCCGAGCACUGUUCACCUUUGACCCCAGAACACCAGACGAGCUGUCCUUUGAGGAAGGAGACUUCUUGUACAUCUCUGACACGAGUGACAGUAAUUGGUGGAAGGGGACAUGCCGAGGAAGGACGGGACUCAUUCCAAGUAACUAUGUGGCCGAGCAGGCAGAGUCUAUUGACAAUCCAAUGCACGAAGCAGCCAAACGAGGCAAUCUGAGCUGGCUGAGGGAAUGUGUGGAGAACAAGGUUGGAAUCAACGGGCUGGAUAAAGCGGGAAGCACUGCCCUCUACUGGGCAUGCCACGGAGGACAUAAAGAUGUGGUGGAGGUGUUGCUCAGCCAGCCCAACGUGGAGCUCAACCAGCAGAAUAAACUCGGGGACACCGCUCUGCACGCUGCUGCCUGGAAGGGUUAUUCUGACAUUGUGGAGAUGUUGUUGAACAAGAAUCCGAGGACGGACAUCAGGAACAAUGAGAAUAAGCUGGCCCUGGAGAUGUCCACCAACUCAAUGUGCGCUUCACUCCUCAAGAAAAAGCAGGGAAACAAUAUCACACGCACACUCAGCAACGCUGAAGAGUAUUUGGACGACGAGGACUCGGACUGAGCCGGUCCUGUCGAAACAUCAUCCCUGUCUUCCGUUUGGGUUUGGGGGGGGGGGGUCGUGGAGCUCAGAGAAAUUUCUUACAGACCUAAAAUCGAUUUGCUGCUCUCUUUCCAACCGUGACUCCAUUUUAGUUCCAUUAUUUUGUGCAAAUACCUCAGCCCCCCUGUAUCACCUCAGUGUCAAUUUCAAAGCUUUGAAUUGAGGCGUUUUACAGUUCGCCAAGUGCAUUUCAACCUGCCGGGGAUUUGUCUUGGGAUGUAGCACACGGGGAACUGAGGGGCAUAACAUAAGUUGUAACGGAGAUGGGCACAAACGUACAGAUUGUGUUUAACCUGUUUUAAACUGGGCAUUAAAGUGCCAGUGCAGAUUAAAAAAUUGGUCCGGUUUAUGUCUAUGAAUUGUAAUGCUCCGAUUUGAAUUACUGAACCACAAAAUCACCCAAAAGGAAUUCGAAAUGCGUUAUCUCUUACAGCUUGGAGCGCUAUCGUAACUAGCCACAAUUUAGUUCUGUUUAUGUACUUCUGGGAGGCAAUGCAACGUUUGUGUUUAACCUUAAUAUUUCCUCUUUUAAUGGGAAGUGCUGAGGGACCCAAUGAGACUCUUGUGUCAUCUGCUUGGUCAAAUUAAAGGUGUCAGUAAUGUGCAUAAACGGGACCUAAUGGGGGGAAUAUUGCAGCCAUGUCUUGUAGGCCGCAAUAUUCCUCAUUCCUCCCUGUCCAUUAUUUCAUGAAAGUCCCCUGCACUGCAGAUGUUUUGAUCUAUUACUGCUAUUGAUGAUCUGUUCAGUUUAAUAACAAAAAUGUAACCCCUGUAAAACAGACUUUAAAUUACUCUUCAUCUUUCAAGGUUUUUGAUGGUGUAAUUUCCACCCUGGGAGCUAUUUUCUGUUUGUUUCUUUGCUGCUUUCCCACACAUUUAAUAUAUAAAUAUAUGUUAAAGUGCCUUAAGUGUGACAUAGAAAGUGUGUCUUUUGUUAUCUAUCAAUGUGAACAUGCUUUAGUCUUCUGAGGUUGUGAAUUUCUUAAGAUGAUUUUGUUCUAGAUUUCCAUCUGCUCUCUUAAUCUACAAUAAAAUAUUUUUAACUUAA